GCACAAGCACGGAAGCAGCCCCCUCGUGCUUUUUUUUCGUAAAAGAAUUCACAUUUCGUGUCCACCUCUAGGGCUAUAGAAUUCAAAUUUCGUAGUUUCCAUCUCAAGGGUUUUAAGGUCAAGCAGGGCUAUUUGUAGUAAGUACGAGUAAGACCCGCUUCCUUUCGGUUGUCUUACUUACUCUCUUUCGUGUAAAGUACGAGACGGAGUGUCAUUCCGAAAUAAGCGAGGGGCUUCAGGUGUAGUAUCAUUCGGAAUAUUCAAACAUUCGGUUUCUCGGGGAGUUUUUGCAGCGAAAAGUACCAGACCCUUGCGAACCUCUGAUUCCUAACAAAGAAAUACACAGCUUUCGACGACUGGAGGAGGUUUAUGUUGAAAUAGAACCACCCACGCGGCGUCGGAAAGUCAAAGGACUAUCUUUCCCAGCAGACGUCGAGUAAAAAUUCCACAUCAAAUAAACCAUGCGCGCCACCAGCAGCAUGGAGCACCUGGUUCCGGUGCAGGAGACUUUCGGCGCGGCACCGCACUCCCUCCCCGCGUUCAAGGCCGUCGUCGAUUUCGCGUGCAUCGUUCUGCCGAUCUGCGUGUUCAUGUCCCCCGUCACCGUCUUUUGGCCCGCGUACCGGCAAAACCAGUGGAUUGAGGUCCCGCCGCUGCCCUUCACCUCGCAGGUCGGCCAGUGCUUUCUGUGGUGUCUGUUCGGCCUCUGUCUGGCGCACCACGACCCGCAAGAAGUGAAACCUGAGGAGGGAAAAAUCAAAGCAAGUGAUGACCCCACAGUAGCGAAACAGGCAAACGCGGCUUCACCUCCUCCUCCAGCGGCCUUCCCCUGGGUUGUCGUGUUGCCGAACCUGGCGGGGCUGCUGCUCGGGGUCGUUUUCGUGUACCUGUACCCGAAGUUUAUUCUCUCGAAGGACGUGUCGGCGCGUGCGGGUGGAGAGCAGAGAAUGAGCGCAGCUCCUGGCGGCAACAUGAUAAGUGCACCAAAUUCAUCCCCAGCAGCACCGCUCUCCGAGCAGUUUCGCGUGCAGAUGUUCGUGCUGGUCGCGAUCUGCCUGUUGGGCGUGGGCUUGUUUGAGUUCCACUGUCUCGACACGAUCGGUUACACAGCGGCCUUCAUUGGCUGCUUUCUGCACGCCAGCCCAGUCUUCGCGUUCCAUGAGGUAUAUUGAAAUUACUUGGUUGAGAUAUUUAGUAGGUCAAGACUGCUCUACCAGAACAAGCUGUAUUAAGCCGCUGCGUGAUUUUGUGCUAUGAUUCGCCGCGCCGGCAGUGUCUUUCUCUUUACACAAGCACACCGAAUAAACACGAAAGGGGGCGCAGAUGAAUGAAGUAAACCUGCAGAAAAUGAUUUGCUGUCCUUUGUUGGGCAAGAUUUUUGUGAGGAAACUAACCACAAUAACAGGCGAUACGCACCGGCAACGCCAAGGUUCUCGGCACGGUGACGAUGAAUGUGACGCUGUUGGUGUGCGGCAUCGCCUGGGUGUUGCAGGGAGCGCUGUACCUACACAAGGUGCAGAUCAUGCUUCCGAACGGACUGGGCACGCUCGCAAAUUUGGUCGCGUUGCUCAUCCGUGGGUAUUUAUCUGCCACGCACCUCCAGGAAGGAACCAGCAAAACCGGAAAUCAGCAAGAAGAGCUGCCCAGCGCGGGCAAUAGCAAGCAACAGGACGAGGACGAGAAAGUUGGAAUUCUGCACAAAAACACCACUUACAUCGCGACUAGUAGCGGAGCACACUUUAAUCUUCCGGUGCCGGGCGGAACAAAUAAAGGCGUGCUACGUGUAGAACCACGCCAUCAAAGUCCUACCACGUUGUCCAGCUACGGCAGCGUCGGAACGAGUGCCGUAGUUGUGACAGGAGCAGCACCUACGUCGACUCAUUUCCCCCAGAACCAGAAACCGACCACCGGCAAUAUGCUACGCAGUCCGGACGAUGGCGAACUCAGCAGCAGCGUGAAUGGGGAAGCAGGUCCGCUCGUUGUCCAGCAUCAGCUGUACCCGGUCAACUGCAACUACACCGUCGGGAGGACUACUAGUGCGGUCAAAGGUACUGGCAUUAACGUGCACGACGUUUCAGCUGACCCUCGACGGAGCGGAGUGCCAAGCACCACCGCGUCCUCGGAUGAUGCAGAGGACGAGCAGCAAAGGCUCGCGCGGACCCGCACGCGGUCUGCCAGCGCCAUGUGGAGCGCGAGCCCAGUUCCGGUGGUCGGGCCGAAGUAAUACUAAAGUCCUGCAACGCAGCACCGCGGCGAAGUCUCAACCCAUAUGAUCCAGUGUUUGAAAAGUGAAAACUUACAGAGUAGAGAUUAUACAGCACAGAGUGGUCCUCGUCCUGCUCCCCGCUGUCAGAAGUGGCGGUAGAGGACGCUCGUCCUUGUUAUUUCGUCUCUAUCUUCUAGUCUCCGAGCAGAAUAAGGAUUCUUAUUUUUUUUAGGCUGUUUUUAGAAAGAAGUUGUACGGAGAUCAUACAAGCAUUAACAUGCUCGCCAGCAUCCGGAAGUAACCUGCUGCAAGGGACGUGGUCGAGAGGUGAGCAUUUUUCUGUUCCAAGAACUGCUCAAGUGCAACAAGAAGGCAAUAAGAAUGAAUUCGGGCGGGCAAUGUUAACCUUCGAAUCGCUGGUUCCUUUCCUCGCCUCUAUUUCGCAUGGAGCAGACUCUUGUUGGAGGAAAGGCCUCGUGCCCUUUUGCCGGAAGAGACUGUAAGAAGUCGUACUGUUUUAUUCCCUACUUUUCUAAGACAUAACAUGAAACACACAAUCCCUUCUAUCCCGAUGAAAUAGAGAAAGUCUCAACCCCAUACCAGCAGUCUACUGUAUACGAAUUCUUGUACACAUAAAAAUACGAAACAAUUUGAGAUGUUCUUGUAGCGAGUUCUUUACGAAGUAAAACCCUCAGGAGCCCGGAGCCGGAUUAGAAAACAGAAAUGAUAGUAGACCCUACACACAAAAAGCCCCGUCGCUUUUGCAAUGCACAAUCACCGGAAUCUGUAAGAAAGACAAAAAAGGGGAACGAAAAUAAAACAAACCAAUUCCAAG